AUGACUGAAGUCUCAUCCACCCGACUCUAUCUCGGGAAUCUCCCCCGCAACGUGACCAAACAGGACAUCGAAGAACACUUUAGUACCCAUGGCGCGGGCAAGAUCACCGAAAUCAAGCUUAUGAAUGGCUUUGGUUUCAUAGAAUACGAAGAUGCGAUGGAUGCAAGAGAUAUCGUUCCUGAUGGUAGCGACUUCAAAGGCGAGCGCCUCACCGUGCAAUUUGCCAGAGGCCCGCGUCGCAAGGAGAAUUUCCCGGCUCCCACGGAUCGUCCAAAUGUUCCCCGACCCCGUCGUACAAUCUUUCGCAUGUUGGUUUCUGGACUCCCGGAAACAAGUUGGCAGGACCUGAAAGAUUUCGCACGCCAAUCUGGCCUUGAUGUUGUUUAUUCAGAGACUGGCCGUGAGCCCGGCAGAGGGUUGGUUGAAUUCGAAACUGCAAAUGACUUGAAGACCGCCGUUGAGAAACUCGACGGCCGGGAGUUCAAAGGCUCCAGAGUGACUUGCGUUCCUGAUAUCCAGCCGCAUGAUGAACGUACUUUCCGUGAUCCAUACCGGGCUCGGUCCCCUCGUCGAGGCUAUCCUCCCAUGGAUGAGUACGACCGAAGGUUCCCGGCACCUCGUGGUUACAGCCCCCGUGGCCAUUUCCGUGAAAGAUCUCCUAUACCAAUGCGCCGGGAAUACUAUGGAGAUGGCUAUGGACGCCGCACCCCGCCCCGCCCUCGGAUGGAGGACUACCCCCCUCCACGUCGGGCUUAUGAUGAUCCGUAUGAUGUGCGUCCACCACCACCGCCUCGCUAUGACGACCCGUACGCUGCGCCAAGGCCAUAUGGACGACCUCGAUCCCCUCCCCGGGGCGAAUACGUCCCCUAUGAGCGUCGGGGCUACUGGUAA